GUCCUGCUAUAAAACCUGCAUAAAGCAUCUCAAACUGUCCAGUUUAUGUAAGUUAUUAACCUGCGCUGCAGCUUUUUGGACACAGACUCUCUGUUGAAUAUUUAAGGAGUUCCAGGAUGGAUAACAAGUCGUACUUGGUGCAGAUGAACGGGAAUGGAGUCCACGGGAAAACCACCGUCAAUGCCAAAACCCUGAAUAGUACCAAUGGGAAGGGAGUACACGGGAACAGCAUCCACCACGUCAGCGUGAAUGGCAGUUUGUAUCCGGCCAAAGCCAAGAGCCGCAGGCAGAGGUGGGAGGUGAAGCCAUCAGAGAUGUCCAAGAACACGCUUAAUCCCAUCAGGGCCAUCGUGGAUGGGAUGAAGCUCACCCCGAACCCCGAUAAACCCAUGAUCGCCCUCUCCAUCGGGGAUCCCACUGUGUUUGGAAACCUGCCUACAGACAAUACCGUGCUUCAGGCCAUGAAAGAUGCCAUAGACUCGCAAAAAUUCAACGGCUACGCUCCGUCUGUCGGUUACCUGAAGAGUCGGCAGGCGGUCGCCAACUUUUACAGCUGCCCCGAGGCUCCACUGGAGGCAGAGGAUGUGAUUUUGACCAGUGGCUGCAGUCAGGCCAUUGACCUGGCUAUCAGUGUUCUGUGCAACCCAGGGGACAACAUCCUGGUCCCGUGCCCGGGCUUCUCUUUAUAUAAGACCCUGGCUGUCUCCAUGGGCAUCGAGGUCAAACUCUACAACUUGCUGCCGGAGAAGUCAUGGGAGGUUGACCUGCAACACCUGGAGAGCCUGAUUGACGAGAGGACAUCCUGUCUUAUCGUUACCAACCCGUCCAACCCGUGUGGCUCCGUCUACAGCAAGGAACACCUCCAGAAGAUCAUCAAGGUGGCCUCCAGACACUGCGUUCCCAUUCUGGCUGAUGAAAUCUACAGCGACAUGGUUUUCCCAGGUUGCAGUUGUCCAUCCAUGGCGUCUCUCAGCACUGAUGUUCCCAUCCUUUCCUGCGGCGGCUUGGCUAAACGCUGGCUGGUCCCCGGCUGGAGGAUGGGGUGGAUCCUCAUCCAUGACAGGAAUGAUUUAUUUGGAUCUGAGAUUCGACAGGGUCUGGUGAAACUGAGCCAACGUAUUCUUGGAGCCUGCAGCAUCAUCCAGGGAGCCCUGGAGAGCAUCCUCAACAACACACCUCAAAGCUUUUACAACAAAACGAUCAGCUUUCUCAAGUCCAACUCAGAGAUUUGUUUCAACGAGCUGUCCACCAUCCCCGGCCUGAACCCCGUCAUGCCUUCAGGGGCCAUGUACCUCAUGGUGGGUAUUGACAUAGAUCACUUCCCAGACUAUAAGAACGACGUGGACUUCACUGAGAGCCUGGUGACCGAGCAGUCCGUCUUCUGUCUUCCUGCUUCAGCGUUCGAGUAUCCCAACUUCUUUCGCAUUGUGGUGACGGUGCCAGAGGAGAUGAUGCUGGAGGCUUGCAGUCGGAUCAGGGAGUUCUGCCAGCGCCACUAUCGGCCCGGCAGCCCCGACAGCAACUAUCUGGAUCAGUGAUGCAAACAGAUCUGGAUGGAACAACUGUCCUCCAGUCGGUUAUAUACAGCAGCGGGAUUCCCCUUUACCACCACGUUACAAAGUUAGAGAUGUAGAAAUGUUAUUAUUGUCAUCACUGUAGCACGGAAACGCUUGGAAGCAGCAUAUCGGAUGGUGUAAUUUUUUAAACCGUAUGAAAUGAGCAGACUUAAUAUUUAUAUUUUAUACAGGAAACUUAUAUUAACCUCUUCUUGUUUUUGUGUAUUUAUAUAUAAUUGGUGUAACGCUUUGUACGCCUAUGUCAUGUAACUUCUUUGAUCAACUGCAGGAUCGUCGACUGUGCAUGCUGUCAUUAAUCUGCAUGAUUUGCUCGAACACGACUCUCAGUGCUCUUUAUCAGAACGUUCUCUGUACGUUGUUUGUAUGUUAAUUGGGCAUCAUAUUGAAUCACAUAUAUGUAGUUUUUUGUUAAUAGCUGGCUAAUAAAAACCAUGUUGACAUGGA